AUGGUCGAGCUUAUACACCCUCCCGACCCUCAAGGCCUCCUCCCACCUAUACUAGCCUGCCUGCCACGGCCUUUGCUGUCGCCUAUACUACGACAGCGGUUGCAGCUCAACCUUGACCCUCACGAGAGCUGGCUUAGGUUGCUUUGCUGGGAUCCCAACCAAGCGGAAACCUUGAAAGAGCAGGUCGAGAAUGCGACCUUCGAACCGCAUCCUGUUUCGGGCGAGAUUGAGAUUGGGGACGUUGAGGCGGUGACAUAUAAGAGGUUGGACGAGGAGACGCUGCGGGCGCAAUUGCAGCUAUCGGAGUGGCCUUUCACGCCGGUUUUCUUGUGGUGUACGGGUGGGGAAGGCGGGAGCGCAUGGAAGCUUGCGGAGAUUCUGCCUUCGGCGGAGACGGAUGAGUCGUGGUCGAAGACGAUACAGCAUGCUAAUGAGACGUCGUCGGCGAGGAUAGUCGACGAGGCGCUCCGAGCGGCAGAUGGGCACCAGGGUCCUUCGGCGACCAACCUGUCGGCGCCUAAGAACGACGAGGAUGACUACUGGGCAAUGUACGAUGAGACGCCAGGACGGACACCUAUGCGGAAAGCAUCUGUGCAGCCGGGUGCGGGUGGAUCGUCGGAAGAUGAUUACUAUGCUCGCUACAACGACGUGCAGCCAGCCAUGGACAAUCACGACCUGGACGAAGAAAUGCAGGAUGGCAUGGAAACGACCCUGAACGGGCAUGCGCUCGAGACCAUUCCGAGCAUGCCUACGGAACGAAGCACUAGUCCGCCGCCAUAUCAAGACCAGGAUGUCAAGGGAGACGACAACAGCGACGAAAAGAACGUAGAAAUGCAACAACCAAUUCCUACCUCACCAUCAUCACGAGGCGGGUCAGACACGAUUGCUCGAUUGGAAGAUUCAGCAGAGAGGUUUAAUGCUUCUGAGGUCGGAAUACGGCAGCAUAUCAGCACAUCGAUGAAAAGCAUGUACCGGCUGGCUAAGAGCGCGGGGAUUGACCGCGAGGAAUUUGACAGGAUUGUCAAUCGCGAGUUGGAGGCGCUGAGCAUUUUUGACCAGGACGAUUGA